UGGAUUGAUUGGCAUCCAAAAGGUGCAAUUAUUUUGGCAGGUGCUAAUGAUGGAACGAUAUGGAUGUGGCAAAUUCCAUCUGGUAAUUGUAUGAGUGUAUUUUCAGGCCAUGCAGGAUCAGUUACAGUAGGACAAUUUACACCAGAUGGUAAAAAGAUUGUUUCUGGUUCAAAUGAUCGUUCAUUAAUAUUAUGGGAUCCAAAAACUGCUUCUUCAAUAUUAAAAAUUUCUGGUGGAGAAGAUUUCAGAUUUCAUCAAUCAGAUAUUACUUCAUUGGCUGUUAACAAAGAAAGUAAUUUGGUUCUUACAGGAUCUUUAGAUUGUUCUUCUAAAUUGGUUAAUUUAAAUAGUGGUGGAAUG